CGGGAGGGUGAGGAGCGGCGGAGGGAUCGGGCGCCUGGGGCCCUGUGCGCGUGCGCAGCGAACAGCUGUCACCCAGUGCGGAACAAGUCUACCAAAUUUCCCAAAUCUCCCCGGGCCGGAGGCCACCGUCCUCCUUCACACCCUCCUCCUCUGGAUCGUGUCCUCGCCCCCGCCCGCGUGCCAGAGAUUGCCCCAGCCAUCAUGGAGGUGGCUAAGGCGGAGAGUCCUCUGAACCCCAGCUGUAAGAUAAUGGUCUUCAGACCCUCCAUGGCAGAGUUUCGGGAGUUCAACAAAUACCUCGCAUACAUGGAGUCCAAAGGAGCACAUCGAGCAGGACUUGCAAAGGUAAUUCCUCCUAAGGAAUGGAAGCCAAGACAGUGCUAUGAUGACAUUGAUAAUUUGCUUAUUCCAGCACCGAUUCAGCAGAUGGUAACAGGGCAGUCAGGAUUGUUCACUCAGUAUAACAUCCAGAAAAAAGCCAUGACUGUGAAGGAGUUCAGGCAGCUGGCCAAUAGUGGCAAAUAUUGUACUCCAAGAUACUUGGAUUAUGAAGAUUUGGAGCGCAAGUACUGGAAGAACUUAACUUUUGUGGCACCUAUCUAUGGUGCAGAUAUUAAUGGGAGCAUAUAUGAUGAGGGUGUGGAUGAAUGGAACAUAGCUCGCUUAAAUACCGUCUUGGAUGUGGUUGAAGAAGAGUGCGGUAUUUCCAUUGAAGGUGUAAAUACCCCGUAUCUGUAUUUUGGCAUGUGGAAAACCACAUUUGCAUGGCACACUGAGGACAUGGACCUCUACAGCAUUAAUUAUCUCCACUUUGGAGAGCCCAAAUCUUGGUAUGCUAUACCCCCGGAGCAUGGGAAACGACUUGAAAGACUAGCUCAAGGUUUUUUCCCAAGUAGUUCUCAAGGGUGUGAUGCAUUUCUUCGCCACAAGAUGACACUGAUUUCUCCUUCCGUAUUAAAGAAAUAUGGCAUUCCCUUUGACAAGAUCACCCAGGAGGCAGGAGAAUUUAUGAUCACUUUCCCUUAUGGCUACCAUGCUGGUUUUAAUCAUGGCUUCAACUGUGCAGAAUCUACAAAUUUUGCUACUGUCAGAUGGAUUGACUAUGGGAAGGUUGCUAAAUUGUGCACUUGCAGGAAAGACAUGGUGAAAAUUUCCAUGGAUAUCUUUGUGAGGAAAUUUCAGCCAGACAGAUAUCAGCUUUGGAAACAAGGAAAAGAUAUAUACACGAUCGAUCACACGAAGCCAACUCCUGAAUCCACCCCUGAAGUAAAGGCGUGGCUGCAGAGGAGGAGGAAAGUAAGAAAAGCACCCAGGAGCUUCCAGAGCACUAGGUGUCACACUAAAAGGCAUAAGGCUGAGGAGGAUGAGGAAGUCUCAGCCGAAGCUGAUGGGGCAGAAAUCUCUAACCUUGACCCAGACACAGAUGAAUCCAGUGUUCACAUAAACCCCGAAGAGACAGCGAGGCUGGGAAUCAUAGAAGGGUCCUCUUCCGGGAGGAUGCAGGUGGAUCCCACUUUAUCAGAUGAUAUCCCACUCUCAGGAAACUGCUGCUCAAAUGCAUCUAUAGCAGAGGAAAUAAAAGCAGAGGAUGACAAAACCUACACCAUAACUGUAUCUUCUGAGCACAAUGCAUCUGAUGAUUCUAUCCCAUUGUCUCGUGGCCAUGUGAAAGUUGAGGAAUCAGCCCCACCUAAUCCUUCAUGGCCAAAGUCUCCUGAAUCGUGUUUGUCGGUGGCAGAGAGCAAUGGCGUGUUAACAGAGGGAGAAGAGAGUGAUGUGGAGAGCCGGGGAAGUGGCCUGGCACCAGGGGACAUCCCUGUGGUACCUAGUGGAGAGAGCAAUGACUUCAAAGUCCCCAGUAUAAUAGAGGGAGAGACCAAAACUGCUAAGAGCUUUCGCCAUCCGCUUAGUAAGCCUCCGGCCAGAUCCCCAAUGACUGUUGUAAAGCAGCAAGCAACAAGUGAUGAAGAAUUACCCGAGAUGCCAUCUAUUGAGGAGGAAGUGGAAGAAACAGAGUCAUGGGCGAAGCCUCUUGUCCACCUCUGGCAGACGAAAUCCCCUAACUUUGUGGCUGAGCAAGAGUAUAAUGCAACCGUAGCAAAAAUGGAGCCACACUGUGCUAUCUGCACUCUGCUCAUGCCUUACUACAAGCCGGAUAGCAGCAAUGAAGAAAAUGAUUCUAAAUGGGAGACAAAAUUAGACGACGUGAUUACCUCAGGAGGAAAGACUAAGCCCCUCAUUCCUGAGAUGUGCUUUAUUUAUAGUGAGGAAAAUAUAGAAUAUUCUCCACCCAAUGCCUUCCUUGAAGAAGAUGGAACAAGUCUUCUGAUAUCCUGUGCAAAGUGCUGCGUGCGGGUUCAUGCAAGCUGUUAUGGUAUCCCUUCUCAUGAGAUCUGUGAUGGCUGGCUGUGUGCCCGGUGCAAAAAAAAUGCAUGGACUGCAGAAUGCUGCCUUUGCAAUUUGCGAGGGGGUGCUCUUAAACAAACUAUGAACAAUAAGUGGGCCCAUGUCAUGUGUGCUGUUGCAGUCCCAGAAGUUCGAUUCACUAAUGUCCCAGAAAGGACACAAAUAGAUGUAGGCAGAAUACCAUUACAGAGGUUAAAAUUGAAGUGUAUCUUCUGCAGACACCGGGUUAAGAAGGUUUCUGGAGCCUGCAUCCAAUGUUCCUAUGGCCGCUGCCCAGCAUCCUUCCAUGUCACAUGUGCCCAUGCCGCUGGGGUACUUAUGGAGCCUGAUGAUUGGCCUUAUGUGGUGAACAUCACAUGUUUUAGACAUAAAGUCAACCCAAAUGUGUUUACAGCACAGAGUAAGCACUCAACACAUGAAAGCUGCGUUACUACUACUACUACUACUACUACUACUACUACUACUUCUACUGCUGCUGCUAGUGCUGCAAUCUUAGGUGAACUGGGCCACGUGAGCAGUGUUUUUCCUGUUUCCAGGAAAUCGAAAGCGUCUGAAAAGGCCAUCACCGUGGGUCAGACGGUUAUCACAAAGCAUCGGAACACCCGGUAUUACAGCUGCAGAGUGAUUGCUGUGACGUCACAGACCUUCUACGAGGUCAUGUUUGAUGAUGGUUCCUUCAGCAGAGACACGUUUCCUGAGGAUAUUGUGAGCCGGGAUUGCGUGAAGCUGGGCCCUCCUGCUGAGGGAGAAGUUGUCCAAGUCAAGUGGCCUGAUGGCAAACUCUACGGGGCGAAAUAUCUUGGGUCAAAUGUUGCCCACAUGUACCAGGUGGAAUUUGAAGAUGGGUCCCAAAUAGCAAUGAAGAGAGAGGACAUCUACACCUUAGAUGAAGAGUUACCCAAGAGAGUGAAAGCUCGUUUUUCCACAGCCUCUGAUAUGCGGUUUGAAGACACGUUUUAUGGAGCAGACAUAAUCCAAGGGGAGAGAAAGAGACAAAGAGUGCUGAGCUCCCGGUUUAAGAACGAGUACGUGGAUGACCCUGUGUACCGCACCUUUUUGAAGAGCUCUUUCCAGAAGAAGUGUCAGAAGAGACAAUAGUACAUGCUGCAGGCAACAGUGCAGCUUGGGCCAGAUGAGAAGAGAUGAAGGGACGGCCUUGGGGCUGUGCCGUGUGUUCCACUGGGGUAGGUGACGCCGUGUGUCUCUGUCAGUGGUCAAUUGGGCUUCCAGAGUUCAGUCCCCAAGAUUGCAAAAUGCACAUAUCAGCAAUCUGAAGCCAUUCCCUGGUCUUGUUUUCACUUGUGAACAAUUUUCUUCUGUGAUCCCAAAUAAUUUUUCUAAGUGAAUAGAAAAACACUGAUUCCCCCACUUGACCAAAAAGCCACUGCCAGAGAGGACAUGGGUCCCAUGUGUGGCUCCGGCCCCUCAGCAGAAAACACACAGAGACUUCUCUCCGCGACUCCAGCAGGUGGGAGCCCUGUCACCCAGGUCGGGGGCGAUGAUUUAUAUCUUUUCCACAGUCAGGGAAGGACUCUCACUUACUUGUUUUAAACGGCAGUUUUUAUAAAACAUUUUUAACACAAAUGGCAUGUAUGGUAAUGAGAUUUACCCAUGUGCUAUAUCUGUAUUUCCCUUGUACAAAACUUUUACAUUUUUUAAUAUUCCUAUUACUUUUGAUUGUGUCUGAUGAGAACUGAGUUGGCCUUGUGAAAUGAAACUUUUGGCUCUUGAAGAAGAAUUCAUAUGAAUUGUAUGGGAAUUUUAUAUAUUUAAAGAGGGAGAUCUGGGGCUGUUAUUUUUAAACACUUUUUUUUCAUAAUGCCUAUUCUGAGUAGAUAUUUAUAAAAAUAUGUUUCUUUCAUUAUGUGUUUGUAAAAUUAGAGUUUAAAUAAAUAUGCCUUGAUGCAUAGUUUUGAACUAAUGUAAUAUGGUUUUUCCUUUUUAAAACAGCCUGAAAAUG